CAUGUCCACACUGGCAACUGUCAGAAUUGACUAGGUCUGGCCUGAUGUGGGGAGCACCUCACUCCUGGCCUGGUUCCUCCUCUGUGGAUCCCUGACCACACAAUCUCCCAAGCCCUGGCUCCCAGGGUCUGACUUUCAGUUCAUAUGAUGACCUUUGCUAUGAGAAAGCGCUGGCUGUAAAAGGAAGGAGCGUUGAUUCCUUCUGUGGUUAACGAUUGAUAAUAACUAAGAGUCAGAGGACUGGAGUGGGUACUCCAUAUGACAGAUCAUACUGGGCUCCUGGUGCUUGGGAGCCGAGUGGAGUCAGUUUGUCACUGGGAGGUCAUGCAUUCAAGAGGUCAUUCACCCUGGAAUGGCAGCAAAGGCAUCAGGCCUGGGCGUGUGCUAAGGGCAGAGCUACCAAAUGGGCCCCUGCUGCUGUGAACUCUGGAGGUGAAGCAUCUCUCUACAACUGGACAUUUCCGGGGAGGGUUCCCAUGCAAACACUGCCCCAGGUUCCUGAGAGCAAGAAGAGGAAAACCCAGAAACCAAGGCCACCACCACCCAGCCUGAGGUCCCAAGAAUUCCAGAUCCAGGCCCAGAAACAUCUCAACCAGGAGCAGAGACAUGGACACUAUGGAGGGAGCUGCAGUCAGUCCUGAGGUGCCCCAGGAACUCCUGGAAGAAAUGAUUUGGGUUUUUCGUGUAGAAGAUGCGGCUCCUUGGAAUUAUUCCAUGCUGGCUCUGGCAAUCCUGGUGGCAGCCAUAAGCAUGUUCCUCCUGAGACGGAGCAUCCUGGCAAACAGAAACCGCAAGAAGCAGUCCCAAGACAAAGAAACACCAGAAACGCUGCACCCGAACGAUUUCAGAAUGAAAGAAAACAGCAGCCUGAGCCAUCUAAAAGAGACACUGAUCACAGAGAAGCCAGACUUGCCCCUGGGGGAAACGGAGCUGAAGGAGAAAGACGCAGCGCAGGUCUUCUUUCUACCCGACCCACAGGAAACUGAGAGCUAGGGGGCGCUGAGAAAACACACUACCCCAGCCUGAACGUGACUGUGGUCUGAGCCCAGCUCUGUGGCCUCAAACCCCUCAGGUUGGACGGUAACGUCCAGUCAGCCUAACUUAUUUUCAACAGACACAAUAAACAAACUACA